AUGGAAGAGAAGUCUCACGACUCCGAGGCUUCUUCCUCCACCAAUGCCGAUGAGCAUGCUGAGCAGCCGGCCGUCGAGGAGAAGGAAGCUUCCGCUGUCCACCCUCGUCAGGCUCACUGGCCCUCGAACCCCGCCACGGCGGAGAUGGACCAGUUGGAGGUCGUUGACUCGUCGUCUGAUGACGAGAAGAUCGAGAUCACGGAGGAUGAGUGUUACGACCAGCUAGGGUACACGUUUCCCACCUGGAGGAAAUGGGUCAUCAUCUCGGUCAUCUUCCUGGUGCAAACCUCCAUGAACUUCAACACCAGUCUCUACUCAAACGCUCUCAACGGCAUCUCGGAGGAGUUUAACGUCAGUGUCCAGGCUGCCCGCUGUGGUGCAAUGAUCUUCCUCAUUCUCUACGCCUUUGGUUGUGAGCUUUGGGCCCCUUGGAGCGAGGAGAUCGGUCGCAAGCCGAUUCUUCAGGCUAGUCUCUUUCUCGUCAACAUCUGGCAACUUCCCGUUGCCCUUGCUCCCAACUUUGCUACCAUCAUGGUCGGCCGUGCGCUGGGUGGUCUGUCGUCCGCCGGUGGUUCGGUCACCCUGGGCAUGAUUGCCGACCUGUGGGAAGCCGAUGAUCAACAGUACGCUGUCGCCUGUGUUGUCUUCUCCUCUGUCGGUGGCUCCGUCAUUGGCCCUGUUGUCGGUGGCUUCGUCGAAGCCUACCUGCCCUGGCGCUGGUGCAUCUGGAUCCAGCUUAUCUUCGGAGUCUUCGUCCAGAUUGCCCAUAUGAUCUUCGUCCCCGAGACCCGUACCACCAUCAUGAUGGACAAGAUCGCCAAGAAGAAGCGUGCCAGCGGCGAGAACCCCAACCUGUAUGGGCCGAACGAGCUGGUCCCCUUUCGCGAACGCUUCUCCAUGCGCGAAGUCCUCAUCACCUGGGUCCGUCCUUUCAAGAUGUUCCUCACCGAGCCGAUCGUCUUGACCCUUUCCCUCCUCAGUGGCUUCAGUGACGCUCUCAUCUUCAUGUUCAUCCAAUCCUUCUCUCUUGUCUACGACCAGUGGGGGUUCACCACCGUCGAAAUGGGCCUCAGCUUCCUGCCCAUCCUCGUCGGAUACUUCAUUGCCUGGUUCUCCUACUUUCCUGUCAUCAAGCGCAACAUUGCCGAACGCCAUAGCAAACCGGAUGACGAGCGUGCCCAGUACGAGUCGCGUCUGUGGUGGCUGCUGUACACCGCCCCCUGCCUACCUAUCGGUCUGAUCGGUUUCGCCUGGACCAGCCUGGGUCCCCCCGUUCAUUGGAUUGGCACCAUGGUCUUCUCCGCCAUUGUUGGCAUCGCGAACUAUAGCAUCUACAUGGCCACCAUUGACUAUAUGAUCUGCGCCUAUGGGCCCUACUCUGCCUCGGCGACUGGUGGAAAUGGGUGGUCCAGAGACUUCCUUGCUGGUGUCCUCACCAUCCCCGCUACCCCGUUUUUCGCCAACAUUGGUGGCAAGUAUCACUUGGAAUAUGCGUCGACCAUUCUCUUCUGUGUCUCAUUUAUCCUGGUUGCUGCCGUCUAUGUGAUCUACUGGUAUGGCCCUACCCUUCGUAAGCGGUCCCCGUUCGCCCAGCAACUUGAAGACGCUCGGCACGAAAUGGAGGCCCAGGGUCGUCACUUGUCACGCAUCCCUUCGGGCUCGCGCGCCAACUCCUUUGCUCGUUCUCAGCAAAACCUGCGCAUCCGCCAGACCUUCGGGAGCCGCCAUGGGAGCGUUACCAACUCUCGUGCCAAUUCCCGCGCCAACUCGCGCCGGAACAGUCUUGCUCAUUAA